CUGAUAACGUCGGCAACUUGUGUUUUCUAUAAAAGAACUUACUCGGACCGUUCACUGACACCCAUUGUCAAUCACUCAAGAUGUCACAACGUCCGGCUUUUACGAAAUGGCUAUGGUGCCUCUUUGCCGUUUACGCGGGACCAGGCUGGGGCAGAGCCGUGACGGUUCGGACCCCACCUAAGAACCCUACAACAAUCGAGGCUCAGGCGAAAUUCUUCCAGGAUUUUUUCUCAGUACAGUUGAGUCCGUACAACAUAGAGUUCGGGCACGUGUGCGAGGACCCCGACACGUGGGAGCAGCGAUACGAGAAGAAGGACUUUAAGAACCACAGGGACAUGGGCAAAGUACGUUGGGGUGACAAACAUGGGGGAUACGGAGAGCAUUAUUGGGACUUGAACCAUGCCGGUCACGCCGCUAACCAUGGCAAUGACGGAUAUGAUGGUUCAGAUGAUGAUGGUUCAUAUAAUCACGAAUUAGACCAUGCCCAUGAUGACCAUAACGGCCAUGACACAUAUGAUGAACCUAGUGAGCCACAACCCACAUAUGAUACUGAAGAAUACGAUCCAGAGCAGGCAGCGAAAUAUGAUGAAAGCGGCAGAGCUAAACGAGCUCACCCUAGAAUCAAGACUGAAAGAAAAUUUGUAAGGAAAGAAGAAAGCGACGAAGAAUCACCAAAAGAGAAGUAUCAGCGAAAAAUUAAACAACGGCAAGCUCCUCAAGAAGAUACGGUAAAAGAAGCCGAACAACAUCAACAACCUAAACGUAAAAGAAGGCAAAGAAGACCAGAAAACGAAGAAGAUAACGCCGCAAAACAGGCUGCUCUUAAUCAAAAGGAAGAACAGAAGCAAGAACCGCAGUAUUACGUCAAAGAUAAUGAGGAACAAAGUCAAUCAGAAAAGGAGCCACAAUAUUACGUAAAGAAUAAAAAUGAAGAUCAAAAUCAACAGCAACCACAGUAUUACGUGAAGAAUAAAAAUGAGGAACGAAGCGAACAGCAACCACAGUAUUACGUGAAGAAUGAGGAACGAAAAGAACAGCAACCACAGUAUUACGUGAAGAAUGAGGAACGAAAAGAACAGCAACCACAGUACUACGUGAAAAGGACAGAAAAUCAGUUUGUACCGUACGAACAAGGUGCAGGAGUGAGACAGCAUCAGCAUCCUGAGCUGACACCGGCCGCUUCAGCCCCAAGACUCUUCUUAGAGCCCACCACUGGACAUGUUGUGGACAGAGCCACGGGGCAAGCCUAUGUUUUACAGCCAAUAGCUGUCAAUAAUUAUAAUUAGAUUAUUUAGUGUUAGUGUUACAAAUAGGUAAUUUAUUUUGUUAAUAAAAGGACUGUUGAAAUAAA